UACUACAGAUACCAAUUUCAGCUUUAAGAAAUUCCGAUUCUCUGUUUGGGCGUUAAAUCGGAAAAUUCAUCCUUGUAAUGAUCACGGUGGAGGUUAACGCAAAUGCUGGUAUCCCUUACCAUUUUCUCGCCCUGGAAAAGAAUGGACAAUUACGUGAAUUACGGAAAUGAUUCACUUUGGUCUCAGCUGGGCUCAUCCUGGACGCCGCAUUAGAACGGUUUGCACACAUACGCCCGAGCUUUUUGCUCGGAGAAUAUCUUAUCAAGACAUCUACAUUCACACUUCUGCUCUCAUCACGAGUUGCAUUCCAGAACCCCCAACAAUGCUCCAGUCCAAAAGUCUAUCGAGAUUGCUUACCCAAUCUUUAUCCCAGUCACUGCUCUUGGUGCCGUCCGCCACCACAUCUGCCUCGCCCUUAGCCAUCUCUUUGAUCACCAACGAAGGUGAGCUCAUCUGUUCCUACUUCUCUCCCAGCGCCCCACCCUCACCCUCUGUCUCUCCCUCUGAAAUCACCACUCUUCUCAAAGAUGACUUGAAGAUCUAUGCGAUUUUUGUGAUGGAUGCCUUCAAAAAGCAGGAACUGACGGAGUUCAUGGAGUUGGACAUUGACUCUUACACACUCUUGUUACGCCGGAUUAGCCAGGAUGGUUUGUUCACACUCAUGGUAAUUGCCAAGGAUUUCCCCAAGGGCUUUGCCAUUACCAAGUUAGAAAAGUUGAACACAGUUCUAAAAGAAGGUUUGAAAGGUUUCCAAUGGUAGAACCCAGAUUUUCACCUCAGUGAAAUGUGCCAUAGUGAUGAGUUAUAGAGUUUAUUGUGGAGCUUGCAGAUUCACCGAGACAAGUAUUCCAGUGCUACCAGUGUCCGGCCAAAUGUCCGUCCUAAGUCUCGAGACCAGGAAGUAUCUAGAAGUCUCGCCCGCGUUUCACGGCUAGGACACAUUGUCCCUCAAUAUAUCGUAAUACAAGACUGUUGUUGCAGACGUAAAAGCAUAAAAAUAUAGGCCGAGCCCAAAGUAUUUCCUUCCGAGAGCAAUAUCUGAGAUAUUACAUGGUUAAACUGCUCCAAUGAACCAACUCC